AUGGAGGAAGGGCGCGAGGGAUGGCCGAGCGCGGCGGCCGCGGCGGGGGAGGCGGUGGGGGUGGAGGAGGGGGAGGAGGACCAGUUCGACCGCCUGCCCGACGCGGUGCUCCUGGACGUAUUCAACCGCAUCGGCGACGUCAAGGCGCUCGGCCGCUGCGCGCUCGUCUCGCGCCGCUUCCACGACCUCGUCCCGCUCGUUGACUCCGUCUUCGUCCGCGUCGACUGCGUCAUUCCCGACGAGCCGGCCCCCUCCUCGGCCGGCUCCCCGCAGGCCGCCGCCCCGUCUAGGGGCCGGGGCGCGCUCGCCCACAUCGCGCGCCUCGUGCUCGGCGGCAUCGUCAGGCCCAUCCAGGCGCUCGGCCAGAUCCUCUCCCCCACCCUGGCCAUCGUCUCCCGCCGCUCCGUGGCCCCUCCGCCCGCCUCGCCGCCUCCGCCCGCCGGGGACAUCUCCCACCACUCGCCCUCCGAGGUCCUCCGCUCCUUCAAGGAGCUACGCAGCCUCCGCAUCGAGCUGCCCACCGGCGAGCUCGGCAUUGACGACGGCGUGCUCCUCAAGUGGAAGGCCGACUUUGGGUCCACCCUCGGCAGCUGCGUUAUCCUCGGCGCAUCCUCUGUGUCGUCCAAGCCGCUGCAGCCACCAAUGUCGUCCCCUGAUGCCGCAGACAGCGAGGGUACUUCUCUCGAUGACAACAGGGAGCCUGAAGAAUUGGCGAGCAUCCCCGAGUCGCUUCAUACGAAUGGGGGCCUUAAGCUCCGCGUCGUCUGGACCAUCAGCUCGCUGAUUGCUGCAUCGGCUCGGCAUUACUUGCUGCAGCCAAUCAUCGCCGAUCAUGAAAUGCUUGAUAGCUUGAACCUAAUGGAUGCUGACGGGCAGGGUGUGCUCACUAUGGACAAGAGUCAGCUACAGGAGCUGCGAGUGCGGCCUGUGUCGGUUUCUGGCAACUCACACCGCACGCUCAUGCCAGCGCUCAUUAUGAGACUUUGGUAUGCUCCGCAUAUUGAACUUCCCGGGGGAGUACUGCUGAAGGGCGCCACGCUGGUGGCGAUCAGACCAAGUGACGAUGUGCUGAGGGAGGGGGGAGGGGUUGAGGCUGCUGGUCCGGCAGGAGCUAGCUGGAUCUCAGAUGCCUUUGAGGAGCCAUAUCGAACAGCGGCAAAGGUGCUUUUCAAGCGGCGGACAUACAGCCUUGAAAUGAACUCGUUCUGA